AUUUGCUGCUGCUGUCAUUCUCUGCAGUUUGAAUUUCGACUAGAUGAGUCAACUGUGCUUGGGUUUUCAAACUAUCUUGAUCCUGGAACCAGACUGCUGUAUCUCCACCAUUCCUCAAUGAAUUCUUCAGCAUCACCUGGUGAUCAUAAUGAAGAACAAGCCAAAGGACUUAAAGGCAGAAAGUAUGUCCUAAAUGAACUUGUUCAAACAGAGAAAGUUUAUGUUAAAGACUUGGGAGCUGUGGUUGAGGGUUACAUGAAAAAAAUGGAAGAGAAAGGAAUUCCUGAUGAUAUGAAAGGAAAAGACAAAAUUGUUUUUGGAAAUCUUCAACAGAUCUACGAAUGGCACAACAAUUAUUUUGCAGGGCAGUUGGAUAAAUGUCUUCAGGAGCCAGAACAUUUGGCAAAGCUCUUCAUCAAGCAUGAGAGACGCUUAGACAUGUAUGCAGUGUACUGUCAAAACAAGCCAAAAUCUGAGCAUAUUGUGAUUGAAUAUGAUGCCUAUUUCGAGGAGGUAAAACUGGAUUUGGGUGAGACAUUUAGCCUGAGUGACUAUCUCAUCAAACCUGUACAGAGGAUAACCAAGUAUCAGUUGCUGCUCAGGGACUUCCUUAAGUACAGUGAACAAGCUGGGCUCGAAUGUUCAGAGAUUUCGAAAGCGGUUGAUGUGAUGUACCAUGUGCCAAAACGUUGUAAUGACAUGAUGAAUUUGGGAAGACUUGAAGGUUUUAAGGGCAGACUCACAGCACAGGGGAAACUGCUGCAACAAGAUACAUUCCUUGUGACAGAACAAGUUUCUGGAGUUCUGUCCCGAAGUAAGGAAAGACGAGUUUUCCUCUUUGAGCAGGUUUUAAUCUUUAGUGAACUACAUAAGAAGGGUUCCUCAGCACCAAUAUAUCAAUUCAAGAAUAGCAUUAAGGUGAGUGCACUAAACAUUGAAGCUGACGUGAACAAUGAACCAUGCAAGUUUGUUCUGAGAUCCCAUGGAACGUCUGAACAGUACAUCUUACAGGCACCAAAUACUGAAAUCUGGCAAGCUUGGCUUCAUGACAUCAACAAAGUGCUUGAGAUGCAACAAAACUUUUUGAACGCCCUACAAUCACCAAUUGAUUACCAGAAAAAGCAACUUGGUCCUCAAUUUUUCAGAAGCGGGACAGAAGCAAGAAAACUGUCCCAACCCACCCUUGGGCCAGAUACUGCCAAUGAGACUCCAAGCUUCAAUGCGUAAUAACAGCAUGCAGCCAAAAUGAGCAAAACAAGAUACCUACAGAUGCCAAGGAAGUCAUUCAACUUAAUACUGAAAGCAUGUCACAUAUCAAUAGUUAAAACAUGGUAGACAUUGUCCCCAUACUAGUAUCAUUUAUUAAGCUAAACACAAUGAGCCAUCAGAAAGUGAUAUUCUUAUUAAGAGUAUGAUUAAUGAAGUACCUGAAUUAAAUUAUGGAACAUUUUUAACAAUUCAAUCAUCAGUGAUUCAGGUUUUUUUUGGCUGGGCUAUUGAAUUUAUAAAAACAAACCAAUUGAAUAUGUGAUAAAAAUCACUAAUUACGAUGGCAUGGACCUGGGGGCUGGACUUUCCUGAAUGCUACUUUCAGUUAGUUGCAGAUUGCUCCAAUUGAUUGGAUGUUCCCCACUUGCCUGGAUGGCUGCAGCUACAAAAACACUUACGAAGCUUAACACAAUUCAGGACAAAGCAGCCCACUUGAUUGGCACCACACUUACAAACAUUCAAUUCCCUCUACCACACUGCUUGGUAGCAGCAGCUUGUACUAUCAACAAAUGAACUGCAGAAAUUCACCAAGGCUCCUUAGACAGCACCUUCCAAACUCACAAUCACUACCAUCAAUAAGUACAAGGGCAGCAGUUACACAGGAAGACUGGUACUUGCAAGUUCCCCUCCAAGCCUUCAUCAUUCAUACUUGGAAAUGUAUCACCAUUCUUUUGGUGUCACUGGGUCAAAUCCUGGAAUUCCUUCCCAAUUUGCACUGUGGGUCUACCUACACCAAAUGGUUACAGCAGUUUAAGAAGAUUGCUCACCAUCACCUUCUCAAGGGCAGCUAGGUAUGUGAAACAAACGCUGGUCCAGCCAACAACAUGAGUGAAUAAAAAAAAGUCUUUUAACUCCUCCCUUACUGUACACAGCAACACUCAGACUUUAACAAAAAUAUGAUUGAUAUAGCAUUGUACUCAGAGAUUCAAAGCCAAAGCAAUAAUCAGAUUAGCAGCAUUAGAGAGCAGAACUGUAAUUGUUCCCAGUCAAAUAAGUGAGGGAUAGAAUGGGGUGAGGUGAAAAGAAUGGGAAAGAGUAAGAACAACCACCAGAACAGAAACGUAGAAGUACCUACACCAAAAGGACUUCAGCAGAUCAGGAAUUUAGUUCUCCACCAUCUUCUCAAGGGUAAUAAUUCCUGGACCAGCCAAAGAUGUCUAUAUCCCAUGAAUGAAUAAAAGAAGUAUGAUGGGAACUUGGGUGUGGGAGGUGAAAUUAAGGGGAAAAAUUAGUUGUUAUUCACUUAUGCACUCACUCUAAAAUGGCUAUUGUUCAUUUACAAAACUGAGGUUGUUACGCAAUGAUCAAGAUCUGCUCUGUUAGUAGUCCUUUUAAAAGUAGACACCAAAGUAGAAUCACUGUUAAAAGUUCACAGUGCUGCAUUCUCAUCCUGCAUUCUGAUAUAUUCUCGUAAAAUUACAUUUGAGUAAUAGCUGGACUUGUAUUAUCAAUACCUUUGCUGAAGUCCCUCAAGGUUACUGCACAUCUGAUUCAACUUAACUGGUGCUCAUUGUGGCUUCAUUGUGAUUGAAGUGGUAAGGUUUUGCUUGAUCUGCACAUGUAACUAAAGUGCCAUCCAGUGGUCUGACUGAGUAAUCCCAAGCAACAAAGUAAACAUGAUUAUAUUUGUAACUGCCUGUCACAACAUCAUUUUCAUUACUCCAUACUGUGCAAAAGUGAGGACUGCAGAUGCUGGAGAUAAGAGUCAAGAGUGUGGUGUUGGAAAAGCACAGCAGGUCAGGCAGCAUCCGAGGA